AUGAAGCUUCGCGAAGAAGCAGCCGAUUUCACAAGCACUAUGGCGCUGAAAGGCAUGUUGACCGGGCUCUUGAUCAUGAUAACCUAUGCUUGUAUCGGAGCGACGGUCAAAGACGGUGAAGGCAAGUUGGACGUAUGCGGCGGCGGCAAAUAUGUAUACGUCGGGGUCUGGACCUUCGCAAUUUUCGUAUAUGGAUUUCUGCUGCUUGGCCUGGUCCUGCCAUACUUCGGAUUACCGCUCUGGUUGACCUGUGGAUAUGAAGUUGGCGGUUUCAUGCCUACGGCGCUUGAAGAGCUGGAGGAGGUGUAUGGGAAAGAAGUCCCAUUCGCUGUUGGGAUAUAUCAUGCGGUAAGGCACAUGGGAACGUGCCUCAGACACGGGAGAGACUUUCGCAAGGUGGCUGUCACCAGCUUGAUAGGCUUGGUCGCCUUGGUGGUGGGUUUGUUGCCGGGAAUAUUGGCAUUCUUCAUGCCACAGUUGCUCCGAUCGAAACUGGAACUGGAUUGCUGGAUUGAUCGGGUAACGCUGCCUUGGAUGUGGGCGUACAUUGCGUUCAACUACACAAUCAGGUGCGGCCAGAUGGGUAUAGUCUAUCCUGGGGAUUAUGCACCCCUCAUGCUCGACCAGAUUAGCUAA